AUUCCAUUCCCAAGCUGACAAAUAUCCGAUUGAUUACGCAAUUCAAUUUCAAGCAUAUCCCUUUGCCGCCCCUUCCUUUUAUAUAAGGCUCUCUUCCUCCCACCCUCUCCAUAUAAUCAAAUUCUUCUAGUUAGCUGAAAAAUGGUGGGUUUUGGAAAGCUCGUUGAAGGAGAAACAAGGAAAAGCAUUGUGGGGUACGAUGUGGCGGAGGGUGUGGACAUAAGGGGAAGAUACGACGCCGAAUUUGCGACUAUUCUGACCAAGGAUGCCCUUGAGUUUGUGGCGACUCUGCAGAGGCAGUUGAGGAACCAUAUCAAGUAUGCAAUGGAUUGCAGAAAGGAGGCUAAGCUGCGCUACAACAAGGGGGCCGUGCCGGGGUUCGACCCCGCCACCAAGCCCCUCAGAGACGCCGACUGGCUCUGCGCCUCGCCGCCCCCCGCCGUCGCUGAUCGCCGCGUCGAGAUCACUGGACCCGUCGAGAGGAAGAUGGUCAUCAACGCCCUCAACUCUGGAGCUAAAGUUUUCAUGGCUGAUUUCGAGGACGCACUGUCGCCCAACUGGGAGAAUCUGAUGCGAGGCCACAUAAACUUGAGAGACGCAGUGAGGGGCACAAUAAGCUACCACGACACAGCUAGAAACAGAGUGUACAAGCUCAACGACCAGACGGCCAAGCUCUUCGUCCGCCCCAGAGGCUGGCACCUCCCGGAGGCUCACAUCCUCAUCGACGGCGAGCCCGCCACCGCCUGCUUGGUCGACUUCGGCCUCUACUUCUUCCACAACUGGUCCGCCUUCCGCCGCAACCAAGGCCAAGGCCAAGGCCCCUUCUUCUACCUCCCCAAGAUGGAGCAUUCCAGAGAGGCUAGGAUAUGGAACAACGUGUUCACGGCGGCCGAGAAAUUCGCCGGUAUAGAAAAUGGGAGCAUCAGGGCGACGGUGCUGAUCGAGACGCUGCCGGCGGUGUUCCAGAUGGACGAGAUCCUGUACGAGCUGAGGGAUCACUCGGUGGGGCUCAACUGCGGGCGCUGGGAUUACAUCUUCAGCUACGUCAAGACCUUCCAGGCCCACCGGGACCGCCUCCUCCCCGACCGCGUCCUCGUCGGCAUGUCCCAGCACUUCAUGAGGAGCUACUCCGACCUCCUCAUCCGGACCUGCCACCGCCGCGGCGUCCACGCCAUGGGCGGGAUGGCCGCGCAGAUCCCCAUCCGGGACGACGCCAAGGCCAACGAGGCCGCGCUCGAGCUCGUCAGGAGGGACAAGCUCAGGGAGGUCCGGGCGGGCCACGACGGCACCUGGGCGGCCCACCCGGGCCUCAUCCCGGCAAUCAUGGAGGUGUUCGACAGCAACAUGGGCGGCAGUGCCAACCAGAUCCAGUCGGCGAGGCGCGAGGACGCCGCCGGGAUCACGGCGGAGGACCUGCUGCAGAUCCCGCGCGGCGUCCGCACCAUGGAGGGGCUCCGCCUCAACACGAGGGUGGGGAUCCAGUACGUGGCGGCCUGGCUCACUGGGAGCGGAUCGGUGCCGCUCUACAACCUCAUGGAGGAUGCGGCCACGGCGGAGAUCAGCCGGGUGCAGAACUGGCAGUGGCUGAAAUACGGCGUGGAGCUGGACGGCGACGGCCUCGGAGUGAAGGUGACGGCGGAGCUCUUCGGGAGGGUGGUAGAAGAGGAGAUGGAGAGGAUUGAGAAAGAGGUUGGGAAGGAGAGAUUCAACAAGGGGAUGUAUAGAGAAGCAUGCAAGAUUUUCGCCAGGCAAUGCACGGCGCAGGUCUUGGACGAUUUUCUCACGCUUGAUGCCUACAACCACAUCGUCGUCCAUCAUCCACUCGCUUCUUCUAGGCUCUGAAAUUUCCAAUGUUUUAGUCACCAUCUCCAUCAUCGUCGUCAUCUCACUCUUCUCAUUUUGAUGUUUGCUGCUAAUAAAUUAAUGUUUGCUGAUCGUCAUGAUGGAAUUCCGUGUGGUGCGAGUAUUUUGUAUCAACGCCCCUACAAUGUAUGCUUUAGUUGUACGUAAUUAAUAUUAUCCAUAAGGAGAAAAAUGUGCAAAUAUGAUCUGAUUAUUCAUGUAA